UUAGAGAGAAGUAUACGACAACCGACAAACUAUUUUCUUGCCUCAUUAGCCGUCUCGGAUCUGCUCAUUGGAACGUUUUCGAUGCCCUUAUUGACCCAGUAUAUAUUAUUAGACCAUUGGUCACUCGGUCCCUGGCUAUGUGAUCUGUGGUUGGCUUUAGACUGGACUGUUUGUCUCACGUCGCAAUAUACCGUGUUUCUUAUAACUAUGGAUCGUUUCCUCUCGGUGAAAAUACCCGCAAAAUACAGAAAUUGGCGAACUGAGCGGAAAGUUUUAGUGAUGAUAGCUUUCACGUGGAUAUUGCCAACAUUAGUGUUUUUCACAUCCGUCAUAGGAUGGCAGUAUUUUGUGGGUGAAAGAACUGUAAAGGAAGGCUCAUGUGAAGUUCAGUUUAUGAGCGACCCUUUAUUCACAUUUCUGUUAACUUUAGGAUACUAUUGGAUAACUCUCUUUGUUAUGUGCGUUCUCUACGCUGGAAUAUACAGA